AUGAUACUCACAAAGCGCGGUGCCGCGAAAGCCGCGUCCGCCUCAAUCGCCUGCUCCGAACUCUCGACGCCCACCAAGCCACUCGGCCCUCAACUCGCCAUGUCCUCCAUCAAGGCCGUCCAGACGUUCGGCAAAAAGAAGACCGCUACGGCGGUCGCGCACGCCCGCGAGGGCAAGGGCCUCAUCCGCAUCAACGGCUCGCCCAUCCACCUCCUCCAGCCUGAGCAGCUCCGCUUCAAGGUCUACGAGGGUAUCCUUGUUGCCGGCGAGGACUCGUUCCAGGGCAUCGACAUCCGCGUCCGUGUCAAGGGUGGAGGUCACACCUCGCAGGUGUACGCCAUCCGCCAGGCGAUCGCAAAGGCCGUCGUCGCGUACUACGCCAAGUACUACGACGCCUACUCGGCCAUGGAGCUCAAGAAGAAGCUCGUCGCAUACGACCGCACCCUCCUCAUCGCCGACCCCAGGCGGAUGGAGCCGAAGAAGUUCGGUGGUCACGGUGCUCGUGCCCGCAGGCAGAAGAGUUACCGGUGA